UCCCUCCUCCCUGCAACCACUGCUGCCGCUUCCCAGAGCCUGUGACCCAUCGCCGCCGCCGCCGCCGCCGCCGCUGCUGCCGCUCCCGCAGCCUUUCUGUGCCCAUUUCCUUCUCUCCGCCGCGGCGGCGAUGUGAUUCCCCUUCUCCAGGCUCGGCCCGCCUCAGCUGAGCGGCGAACAUGGCGGAGCCAUCAGUUGAAUCAGCAAGCCCAGGAGGGUCUGCAACAUCAGAUGACCAUGAAUUUGACCCAACAGCAGACAUGCUGGUACAUGAUUUUGAUGAUGAACGAACACUAGAAGAAGAAGAAAUGAUGGAAGGUGAAACAAACUUCAGUUCUGAAAUAGAAGAUCUUACAAGGGAAGGUGAUAUGCCAAUUCAUGAGCUUCUUAGCCUUUAUGGUUAUGAUGGUUCUGUACCACUACCAGAAGAGGAAGAAGAGGAGGAGGAGGAGGAGGAGGAGGGUGAGGGUGAAGAUAAUGAUAACAACAGUGGGUGCAGUGGAGAAAAUAAAGAGGAGACUAUAAAGGAUUCAUCAGGUCAAGAGGAUGAGACACAGUCCUCAAAUGGUGAUCCAGUUUCAUCCGUAGUACCAGAAAUAAUUCGCCCACGUCGUUGUAAAUACUUUGAUACAAAUAGUGAAAUAGAAGAGGAAUCUGAAGAAGACGAAGACUACAUUCCUUCAGAAGACUGGAAAAAAGAAAUUAUGGUGGGCUCCAUGUAUCAAGCUGAAAUUCCAGUUGGUAUGUCUAAAUAUAAAGAGAAUGAGAAAGUGUAUGAAAAUGAUGAUCAAUUGCUAUGGAAUCCAGAUUACUUGACUGAAGAUAAAGUGAUUGAAUUCCUUAAUGAAGCCUCCAGACGUACAGGUGAUGAAAGAGGAAUUGAUGCAAUUCCUGAAGGAUCCCAUAUUAAAGAUAAUGAACAGGCUUUGUAUGAAUUAGUGAAAUGUAAUUUUGAUACAGAUGAAGCAUUGAGAAGAUUGAGAUUUAAUGUAAAAGCAGCUCGGGAGGAGCUGUCUGUUUGGACAGAAGAAGAAUGUAGAAAUUUUGAACAAGGUUUGAAGGCUUACGGAAAGGAUUUUCACUUAAUCCAAGCAAACAAGGUACGAACAAGAUCAGUUGGAGAAUGUGUAGCAUUUUACUACAUGUGGAAAAAAUCAGAACGAUACGAUUUUUUUGCUCAGCAGACAAGAUUUGGUAAAAAGAAGUACAAUCUCCAUCCUGGUGUAACGGACUACAUGGAUCGCCUUUUAGAUGAAAGUGAAAGUGCAGCAUCCAGCAGAGCUCCCAGCCCUCCUCCUACAACUUCCAAUAGUAGCACCAGCCAUUCAGAAAGAGAGGAUAGCACAACCAGCAAUAGUAAUCAAAAUGGUGUAUCUACUAAUGGGCCAAGUGAGUUAUCAAGUAAAGAUGACGUGAAAAUUGAAGUACACAUAAAUGGACCAACAACUGGCAAAAAAACACAUCUUGUAGAUUUCGAUACAAAUGGUUAUGAGCCUGAAAACCUUUCCAAUCAUUCUAAACUUCCUCACUCAAAUACAAGGCACGAUCUUGAAGAUACGAACGAAAGGCCUAUGAAAAGGAGAAGAAUCAAUAGCAGUGACAAAGAGUGCACAGCUUCCUCUGAAAUUUUCCAAGAAACAGUAGCCCAUGGAAAUUUUGAAGACCAGGACACUGUUGGAAAUGCUUGCAAGACUGUUCAUAGGAAAGUUUAUAAAUAUAUUGUUCUCAGGCUUGUAAGUAAAAUAUAGCACUGUGUACAUUUUUCAGAAACUUUACUUUGGUCUUUAAUCUUACCUUUGAUGGUAUGCCUAAGAAAAUUCCUGACAUUCCAUACUCAAUAUGUAAUGUUCAGAUGUUUUUAAGUAUUUAAUUGUAAUGUGCAUCUCAUUUAUGCAGGUGUUUAUACAAUAUUUUAUUCAUGUUCUUUAAAAUGCAGCCACUAUAACUUGAUAAAGACAUUGCACUAUUAGUACUAUUUAAAAAUCUUGUAAUAUAGCAACCAGUUCAAACAGCUUUUAGUGCAGUUUGGAAAAGAUGAAACCCAUUGCUUCCAAAUUGGUUUGAAGUCAGUACAGCUUUGUAUAGUGAUUGUAAUGUAUAUUUUAAGCACUAUUGUGUCCUGAUCCAUAAAGUGCAUUGUGUGCAGUCUGAAUCAAACCUUCAACUCAACAGGCCUGACUGUUGUCUUUAUAAAGGGUUUAAAGUGAUAUUUUGAAAGAAAUCAAAAAAAUUGCAAAGUAGUUUUUAUAAAUUUUUCACAUAGUAAUUUUGCACUGUUGGUAAUACCUGUGUCUCUUACCUAGCUCCUUGUCUGCAAUUCUGGAAAAGCUUAUUAAAGUAUUUUUUUAAACAUAUUGCUUAUAUAAAUACAAAUAUUGAGUACUUAAGAGUGGAAUUUGUUUCUUUUAAGAGAAUGUGAAAAUGCUGCUUAAUAAUGAGAGGGAAUACUUGAAUUGUUCAAUGGUUUUAGCAAACCUUUGCACUUGGAAAUAAAAUUCUGUGCUUCACAAUAAUUUCAAACUAAACUUCAGAUAUUUAAUGACAAUAGGGUUUAAAAAAACAAUUAGGAAUAAACUGAGAUGUAAUACAUUCUUGCUGUGAAAUUAGACCUGUAAUAUCUAAGUAUGAAUAUUUUUGUUGAGGGUAUUUACCAAUAAAAUAUAAUCAUUUCCUGACAUACAACAGAAUAUAGAGCUCAGUUAAUCGUUGUAAUAAAAAAUGGAGAUAGUUGUUAAGAAGUAUUAAGAAAUUAGUAGCCCAGAUAGAAUUUGUUUCUUACAGAUUUUUUUUAAGAUUCAUUCAAAUCUUCAGCAAAGAAAAAAGAAGACUUGUAACUAUGAUUUAAUAAACAAGGAAGAGUUUGGGUAAAGCCAAGAUCUUAUAAGGCUAUAUUCAUAUAAGUACAAAUUUAAAAAUUACAGUGCCUGGAGUUAAUGUUAGGAAAUUAUAAAAGAAAAUCAAACAAUUUCUACUUUAUGACUAUUUGCAUGGAAAAUCAGUAAAAUGCUAAACUAUGUCAUGUUUCUAUUUUAGAUAUAUAUAUAUAAAAUAGAAACAGGAAAUAAAACAAUUCUAAAGAAUGGUCUGUAAUCUUCCUAGUUUGAUGUCCUCCACCUAUUUUGAAUUACACCACCAAAUUGGCUGGCUGCGGUUUAGUUAUAUAUAGUACAGUACAAUAAGGUUUCAUGCAAAGUUGGGUAAGUUGGCAAAAAACAAAUCAUUUUAGGUAGAAUCUAGUACUUUUCACCCUCAAAAGUACUCUUUAUUCUCAAGGUUACCUAGAAAUCUAAGCAUUCAAUAAAUAUAGAAUUAUGGAAUAUGGUUAUUGUGAUUAAGAUACAGAUAUAUCCUUUUCACAGUCAUAUAAAUUCACGUACCCUAUGAUGGGUAAUAGUUAAAAAUAUUAGUAGCAGACAUCAGACUAGUACAGUAAUUUUAACCAAAGAAACUUCAUCUUGGUUAAGA